AUGCUUGAUUUCUUCGGCAUUCUCACCAAGGGCGGUUUCGUAUUAUGGGAAAAGACUUUUACACCUCUACACGGGUCGCCAGUGGAUGCGCUCAUCAAGAACGUCCUCAUUGAAGAACGUGCAGGCACAGACAUCUUUUAUAAGGACAGCUACGCCAUGAAGUGGACCUUCUCCAAUGAAAUGGAUCUCGUGUUCGUGGUGGCCUAUCAAAAAAUCCUGCAGCUGGCCUAUAUUGAUGAGCUACUCGAGACCGUCAAAACGCUCUUUAUCGACAUGUUCAACCAGACCAUCACGACCAAUUAUGGUAUCGAUGGCGAUUAUCGUUCGUUCGAUGAUGUAUUCAACCAACUCUUGAGACAACUCGAAGACAAGUACACAUCUCAUCGACAACGUGCUCCACGGAAGUUUGAGGAAACCAAAAAGUUUGAGAGCUCGGCAAAGGGAUCUGUACAAGUGAAGCCAGCAAUGGAAUCCAAAUCCACCAAGGCCGUUGAUGAUGAUGAGAUUGCAAAGAAUAUCCAAGCGCUUCGACUCCAAUCAAGUCCACGCACAAGUCCUAGAUCUAAAAAAGGACGAUCCAAAGCAGCAGCAACAACGCCAUCCAACGAAGAGCAAAAUGGCAAAAAGAAAAAGUCGCAAAAGCAAGCUCGUGUAUGGGAAGGACAAAUUGCUCGUGGAGAGAUGGAAUCGCUCGAUUACAGCUCAAAAUCCGGCAUGGCUGAUGAAGAUGCUGAGUCGAUGGCGGCAGCACAAUUUGCGGAUCCGACCAAGCUUGGAAAGACCAACAAGGAUGGUAUCUAUGAAGUGCAGGACGUAGAGGAAGAAGAGGAUGACGAGGAUGACUAUGACGAUGAGGAGGAAGUGACCAAGGAGAGCAUCAAGGAAGCUGGCGCUGGCAGCGGGAUGUUUUCAUUCUUCAAAUCCAUGACCGGAUCAAGGGAAUUGACAGCAGACACACUGGAUCCAGUAUUAAGUGAUAUCAAGGAACAUUUGAUCAAGAAAAAUGUGGCCAGCGACAUUGCCGAACAUCUUUGCCAAAGCGUAAGGUCAAAUCUACUAGGCAAAAAGAUUGGAAGCUUUUCAAGGGUUUCGACGCUGGUUCGUGACAGUAUGGAAGCCGCUUUGAAACGUAUCUUAACGCCAAAGACAUCAUUGGAUAUCCUUCGUGACAUUGAACAAGCUAAAGCACAAAAUCGGCCCUAUACUAUUUCCUUCAUUGGUGUUAAUGGCGUUGGAAAGUCCACCAAUUUGAGCAAGGUGUGCUUCUGGUUGCUUCAGAACAAUUACAAGGUCCUUAUCGCUGCAUGUGAUACCUUCCGCAGUGGUGCCGUAGAACAAUUACGUGUGCACGCCCGCAAUUUACGAGCCUUACAGACAAGUGGUCAAGGAGAAGUGGAGCUAUUCGAGCGUGGCUAUGGUAAAGAUUCGGCAGGAAUUGCAAAGAGUGCUAUUAGCUAUGCGGCGGUGAACAAGUUUGAUGUGGUGUUGAUCGAUACAGCUGGAAGAAUGCAGGAUAAUGAACCAUUAAUGCGAGCACUGGCUAAAUUGGUGGCAGUCAACAACCCAGACAAGAUCAUCUUUGUUGGUGAAGCACUCGUUGGCAAUGAAGCAGUGGAUCAGCUUAGCAAGUUCAAUCAAUCACUCAAAGAUUUCUCGGGCAUGCAAAAUCCUCGACAUAUUGAUGGUAUGAUUUUGACCAAGUUUGAUACCAUUGAUGAUAAGGUGGGUGCCGCUCUAUCCAUGACCUACAUCACUGGGCAACCCAUUUACUUUGUUGGCACAGGCCAAACGUAUACCGAUCUUAAAAAUCUCAGAGUAUCACACGUUGUUAAUAGCUUACUUCGCAAAUAA